AUGAUCCAUGUUCUCUCCUAUCUUGGCGAAAUAAUUGACUCGGUGGGCCAUGGGAUCCCAAAGAAGCUUGAUGAUGUCAACAACUGCUUGGAGAGCGAGUACCGGGACUUCCCUGGCGACCAGAUCGUGAUCGCCAAGGGACGGCUGAGAUUCGGCGUGGUAAACAAGCUCUUCAUGAAGAUGGACGAUUUGGAGCAGUUCUUCCCGUUCCUCCAGAUGGCGCUCGACCAAGCAGAGUUGUCAACGAGACACGCAGCGAAGAUCCCGCAGUGGAUGAGGAGGACGCACUCGAACUGCCCGAUCUACGGCAGGUCAAGGGUGUUGUUGGCGUGGUUGGGCGGGGAGGAGGGCAUGGAGCUUGAAUUGCUCAGCGAGGAGGAGAUCAUCCGCGGUGCCCACGCCAUGCUGGACGCCUUCCCGCCUGCCAUCCACCCCUGGAGCGCCCGGAUGAAGCGGUGUGGCUGGGCCAAGGAUCCGCUCUUCUUGGGCCCCUGUAACUAUGUGGCCAUCGGAUCCAGUGGCGACGACCUGAACCUCAUGGCAGAGCCGUUGCCGAAAAACAGAUAA